GUUACGCGCUGACUGCUGGAACGAACGGAAUCGAAAUUCGCUGAGAGACCGCCACAGGGCACAGACCACAUGGUACCAACGAUGGCUGAUGAAACGAAGGAGACGUUAUUAAAUCGCGUGAAAGAACAAGGCGAAAUAGUGCGGCAAUUGAAAGCUGCCAAAGCCGAUAACGCGCAGGGAUGCAGAGAACAAUCUGACAUAAAUGUUGAUUUAGAAAGCUUAAACAAUGAUUUUGCGGAUAUCAGCUAUGUAUGUGGUUGGUACCCAACAUCCAAAGACACUGAACUAUUUGAUACUUGUGUCAUCCUUAAUGAUGAGCUUGCAAGGUGGCCUCAUCUGAAUAGAUGGUACAUUAACAUCAAAAGUUUUACCUAUGAUGAGCGUCUAGCGUUUCCUAUUGUGGAAACACCGCUCACUUCCUUGGCAGAAAAGAUCAAACGCCUAAAGGGCACUUGCUAUGUUGGUAAAAAUGUACUAGAUAAAAAGAUAGCAGAGGAAGUCGCUAAAUUAUUGGAUCUGAAAACGCAGUUAGGGGAGGAAAAUGGUUGUCCCAAUAAGCUCAUUCUUAAAACACCCAAAGGCACUAGGGAUUACAGUCCAGAGCACAUGGUACUACGAAUGGGAGUUUUGGAAAAGAUAAUCGCAGUAUUCAAACGUCAUGGCGCAGAAACAAUAGAUACCCCUGUAUUUGAGUUGAAGGAUGUCUUGACAGGUAAAUAUGGUGAAGAUUCCAAGCUCAUUUACGACCUAAAAGAUCAAGGUGGCGAAAUUCUUGCUCUUAGAUACGAUUUAACAGUUCCUUUCGCGAGAUAUCUAGCCAUGAGCAAAGUAGCUUCCAUGAAAAGGUAUCACAUCGGAAAGGUCUAUCGAAGGGAUAACCCGUCCACGACAAAAGGCAGAUACAGAGAAUUUUAUCAAUGUGAUUUUGAUAUCGCUGGCCAGUAUGAUCCGAUGAUACCGGAUGUGGAAUGCAUUCGAGUCGUAACAGAAGCGUUGGAAACUCUAAAUUUAGGACCGUAUAUGAUUAAAUUGAAUCAUAGAUGCAUCUUGGACGGUAUAUUCGCAGCAUGCGGUAUACCACCAAGUAAAUUCCGUAGCAUUUGCUCAGCCGUAGAUAAGUUGGAUAAAAAUCCUUGGGAAGAAGUGAAGAAAGAGAUGAUCGAAGAGAAAGGAUUGGACGAACAUAUUGCCGAUAAAGUCGGCAAAUAUGUUUCUCAGUCUGGUGGAAUGGAACUGAUAACAGAGUUGAAAAAGGAUAAAGACUUAAUGAAACAAUCCUCCGCUGUGCAAGGCUUGGAUUCUAUGGAAUUGUUAUUGAAAUAUUGUAGCAUAUACAAAAUUUUGGACAAAGUAAAGUUCGACUUGAGUCUCGCGAGAGGCCUCGAUUAUUACACAGGUGUUAUUUACGAGGCCAUUUUGUGCGGAGACGACGUUGGUGUUGGUAGCAUAGCAGGCGGCGGCCGUUACGACAAUUUGGUUGGUAUGUUUGACAACAAGAACAAAAAUGUACCUUGUGUCGGUGUAUCGUUGGGCGUGGAGCGGAUAUUCAGCAUCUUAGAGGCGAAAUUGACGAACAAGGGUUUGAAGAUGCGUUCUACUGAGACCGAAGUAUUUGUAGCCAGCGCGCAGAAGAACAUGCACGAAGAGAGAAUGAAGAUAAUAGCAGAUUUGUGGGAAAAUGGCGUGAAAGCUGAACAUUCGUAUAAAAAAAACGCAAGACUGUUGGUGCAGCUGCAAUUUUGCGAGGAAAAUGGUAUACCGCUGGCGAUAAUUGUCGGUGAAGGCGAACUAGCGAAAGGUGAGGUCACAUUGAGAGUUGUCUCGACGCGGAAAGAAACCCGCGUACCGCGCGACAACAUCAUCGAGGAAAUACGAAAGCUGCUAGAGACGUUGUAGCAUUGUAGACCGUAAUAACUUUGUAUGCGUGUACAUCUCGCAGUCUCUAGAGAAUUGCACCAGUACAAGAACCAGUAAAAAAGAACAUAUUUAUAUCGCAUUUAGUCUCAUUUUAACCUACGCGUGGAAAUAAAAGUUUAUUUAUUAGAUCCGGACCGAAUUUAUUAUAUAUUGUGUUAUGCGAUGGUUCCAUCAUCGUUGAACGAUUAGAAUAUAUAAUCUAACAAUAUAACCGUAUAUAGUAAGCAAAUCUACAUAACGUCCGCGACGUUCUGUAUUCUCUAUAUAGACAAUUUUACAAGCAGAAUUUACGAUAGCAAUUUCGUACUACCGUUCGAAAAACCAAAUACAAUUUAUAAUUUAUUUCGCAAGAAGUUUUCAAUAAAAACUCGUCACUUCGUA